UUCCACUCCCAUAUCCAAACAAAGCAUUCAAGUUGGCACAAAAACCACUCAACUCAAGUAUCAUUCUCUCAGCUCAGUUGUGAAGCUGCGGAAGCGUUUGGUAAUCCUUCAACUGAGAAGAUGCGAUUCUAUGAGAAAUUAUGGAUCGAAUGCGCUGUGAGAGAUGACCCAUUUCAAUACUAGCUUCAAAGAAUGCAACUUCAAUUCCAUAUCUCACCAUUUUCAACCCAAUCCCACCAAGGUUUUGUUUCGGAAAGUAUCACAUACGGUGUUUUACUCCUUCCAUUGUCCUCUGAUUUAGAUUUCGCAUUUUACCUUCAAAUUCUGAUACUUUCUCUGUGCACACCAUGAUUAAGAUUUGCAACCCUAGGAAAAAAUUACUAUGUAAAUUUGUGUCAUUUGCUAGAAUGCUAAGCACAGGUGAACCACCACCUCAGGAGGUUGCUGAUUUAACCGAAACAGUGUGCAAGGUUAUGAUGUCUUCACCCGGGGUGACACUUGACGCUGCUCUUAAUCAAACUGGGGUUAGGGCAUCCCCUGAAUUAGUAGAGAAUGUCCUCAAGAGGUUUGAGAAUGCGGGCAUGUCGGCGUUUCGGUUCUUCGAGUGGGCGGAGAGGCAGAGGAAUUACGCGCACACCGUCAGGGCGUACCACUUGAUGAUUGAGUCUUUGGCCAGGAUUAGGCAGUAUCAGAUCAUGUGGGACAUUGUCACGAAAAUGAGGAACAAGGGCAUGCUAAAUGUUGAAACUUUUUGUAUUGUUAUGCGAAAGUAUGCUAGGGCUCACAAGGUGGAUGAGGCGGUUUACACGUUUAACGUCAUGGAUAAGUAUGAGGUGCCUCAGAAUCUUGCUGCUUUUAAUGGUUUGCUGAGUGCUUUGUGUAAGUCUAGGAAUGUGAGGAAGGCUCAGGAGAUUUUUGAUAGUAUGAAGGGUCGCUUCGAGCCGGAUUUGAAAACUUAUAGCAUAUUGCUUGAGGGGUGGGGAAAGGAUCCGAAUCUUCCCAAAGCAAGGGAGACUUUCAGAGAGAUGGUUUCCGCGGGAUGCAGCCCGGAUGUUGUUAGUUAUGGUAUAAUGGUUGACAUUCUUUGCAAAGCAGGGAGAGUUGAUGAAGCUGUUGAGGUUGUCAAGGAUAUGGAUGACAACAAUUGCAUGCCAACAUCUUUCAUUUAUAGUGUCCUGGUUCAUACUUAUGGAGUGGAAAACCGGAUUGAAGAUGCUAUCGACACGUUUCUGGAGAUGGAAAGGAAGGGAAUCAAGGCUGAUGUUGUGGUGUAUAAUGCGUUGAUUGGUGCUUUUUGUAAAGCAAAUAAGUUUAAAAAUGUGCGUAGGGUCUUAAAAGAGAUGGAAAGCAAUGGGGUCACUCCCAAUUCAAGGACCUGCAAUGUUAUCAUAAGCAGUUUGAUUAGCCAGGGGCGGACUGACAGAGCUUUUGAAGUUUUCCGCCGGAUGAUCAAGAUAUGCGAACCGGAUGCUGAUACUUACACAAUGAUGAUAAAAAUGUUUUGUGAGAGAAAUGAAAUGGAUAUGGCUAUGAAAAUAUGGAAGUAUAUGAAGUCAAAAAGGUUUGUCCCAAGCCUGCACACCUUUUCAGCCCUUAUCAAUGGGUUGUGUCAAAACGGCAAUGCUAUGAAAGCUUGUGUUUUGCUGGAAGAGAUGAUAGAGAAGGGAAUUCGACCAUCGCGUGUUACAUUUGGGAAGUUAAGACAGCUGCUUAUAAAGGAGAAGAGGGAGGACGUGCUCACAUUUCUGCAUGAGAAAAUAAACCUUCUUGUCAAGGAGCCUUUGUGCGACUAAAAAGGCGAUGAUAUAUGUAGCUCAGGCUACUGACUUUACAGUCUGGACAGUUGUAGUUUAUAUGUCUCUGAGCUGCCUAUUAUGGAGCAUAAAAAUCUUCAUUUAACUGAUCAGUUGUGGGAGAACUUAAAUAUGCUGCUCUUAGUAGGCCAGAAAUAUCUUUUGCAAUCAACAGCGUAUGUCAAAUUUCUGGCCCAACCACUUGAAGAACACUGGAAGGCAGUCAAAAGAACAUUGAGAUAUCUCAAGGGUUCAAUUAGUCAUGGAUUGCUUCUGCAAAAAGGAUGUGUUACCAGUCCUAUGACUCUUACUGCAUACUGUGAUGCUGAUUAGGCUUCGGAUCCUGAUGACUAGGUCCACGUCCGGCUCAUGUAUAUUUUUUGGACUUAAUCUAAUUUUUAGGUGUUCAAAGAAACAAACUUUAGCCAGCCAAUAUAGCACAGAAGCAUAAUAUAGAAGGCUUGGAAACACCACUACUGAGGUUCCUUGGAUUGAUUCCACGCUGACUGAAUAAAAGGUUCCAUUUGCGACUCCCCAGAUUCUGUGUGAUAAUCUAAGUACAAUUGCUUUUUGUCUCAUAAUCAUGUUCUUCAUGGCUAGAACCAAACAUAUGGAGUUCGACAUUUUCUUUGUAAGAGACAAACUACUAAACAAGAGUCUAACAGUCAAGCACAUACCAUCUCUUGAUCAAUAUACAUAUAUCUUCACCAAAGCCGUACACUCAGAGAAACUAAAGGUGGCUGACAAAAUUCUCCUUGGUCAUCGAACUUGAGUUUGCAGGGCUGUUAGAAAUAAUGUUUUGAUAUUGUUUGUAAUUGUAUUUCGAUCUUAUUCUAGAUCUGGUUGUACUGUAUUAUUUCUCAAAUAAUUCAGGUAGUGUUAGUUAUGCAAAGCUUUUACUAACA